ACGAUGGGGCAGGCGCUGUGCGUCUGCUCGCGCGGCACCGUCAGCGUGGGGGGCGCGCGCUACCUGCUGCUCCACCGCCUCGCCGAGGGGGGCUUCAGCUACGUGGACCUGGUAGAGGGGCUGCGGGAUGGGCGCUUCUACGCCCUGAAGCGCAUCCUGUGCCACGACAAGGAGGACCGCCGGGCUGCCCUGCGCGAGGUGGAGAUGCACGGCCUCUUCGAGCACCCCAACAUCCUGCGCCUCGAGGCCCACUGCCUGGUGGAGAAGGGCGCCAAGCACGAGGCCUGGCUCCUGCUGCCCUACGUGCAGGGAGGGACCCUGUGGAGCGAGGUGGAAGCGCUGCGAGGCAGAGGGGCCUCCAUGCCGGAGCGGCGGAUCCUCCGCAUCCUGCGCGGCAUCUGCCGCGGGCUGCAGGCCAUCCAUGGCAAGGGCUACGCUCACAGGGACCUCAAACCCACCAACGUGCUGCUGGAUGAGGACGACCGGGCCGUGCUGAUGGACCUGGGCUCCAUGAACCAGGCCCGCAUCGAGGUCAACAGCUCGCGGGAGGCCAUGGCCGUGCAGGACUGGGCCGCCCAGCGCUGCACCAUCUCCUACCGGGCCCCCGAGCUCUUCGCGGUGCAGAGCCAGUGCGUCAUAGACGAGCGCACCGAUAUCUGGUCCCUAGGCUGCGUGCUGUACUGCAUGAUGUUCGGCGAGGGCCCCUUCGACGCCGUCUUCCAGAAGGGCGACAGCGUGGCCCUGGCGGUGCAGAACCCCGUCGCCGUGCCCCCCGACUGCAGGUAUUCGGCUGCCCUGCGCCGCCUGCUCUCCUCCAUGCUGACGGUGAACCCCCAGGAGCGGCCCCACAUAGUCAACGUCCUCGACCAGCUGGAGGGGCUGGAGCAGACGCCAGCGGGCCACGACACCACGCAGAUGUGAGCGCGGCCCUGCGGCGAGGGGCGCGUGCCCGGGCAGAGCCCGUGGGAAAGCCCCGACCCUCGCCCGGCGGCGAAGGGAGCUGUUUGGAAAGGGAUUUUUGCACUCGGCGUGGAGCUGCUCCUGUGGUGGAGAUGCAGUGGAGCUGGAGUGUCGCUGCCAGCGUGCCCCAAGCGUGCGCGGACCGGGGCAAAGCCCUGGGGCUGGGUACGCGAGAGCUGCUGCUGAGCACCGGGGCCCCGCGCCUCUAGCGGGGUCGCUCCCGGCUGGAGGCAGCCGUGUGCCUCCGCACAGCGGUUGGGGGGCAAAGCUGCCCUCCGGGGCCCAACUUUAUGCUGGAACGAGGCAAGGGGCAGGCGUGACCCGGAUCCUGCUCCCAGCCCCGACGUUGCCUUGUGUUUUGAGUAAAAAUGCUCUUGUGGA